AUGGCCAUAGUGAAAAGAGGUGGCCGUUCAAAGGCUAAACAACAACAACAAGCUCCAGCGAAAGUGAAUGGACUGAGUGGAGGAGGUAUCAAAAAGGCCGAGUUUGAUAUCACCAAGAAGAAAGAAGUCGGAGUGUCUGAUUUAACACUUUUAUCUAAAAUUACAGACGAAGCAAUCAAUGAGAAUCUCCACAAAAGGUUUAUGAAUGACACGAUAUAUACGUAUAUUGGACAUGUGUUGAUAUCGGUCAAUCCGUUUCGUGAUUUGGGAAUAUACACCAUGGAGACAUUGAACAAGUACAAAGGCAGGAACAGAUUAGAAGUUCCACCGCAUGUUUUUGCUAUUGCUGAAUCAAUGUAUUAUCACUUGAAAUCGUACGGAGAGAAUCAGUGUGUGAUUAUUUCGGGUGAAUCAGGAGCUGGUAAAACUGAAGCAGCAAAACAGAUUAUGCAAUAUAUUGCCAAUGUGUCGGUUGAUACGGGCAAUGCCGAAAUCACCAAGAUUAAGGAUAUGGUGUUGGCUACAAACCCACUUUUGGAAUCUUUUGGAUGUGCCAAAACUUUGAGAAAUAACAAUUCUAGUAGACAUGGAAAAUAUCUUGAGAUUAAAUUCAGCGAGGGCAGUUACCAACCAGUGGCUGCUCAUAUCACAAAUUAUCUUUUGGAAAAGCAAAGAGUCGUAUCGCAAAUAACGAAUGAGAGAAACUUUCACAUUUUUUACCAAUUUACCAAACACUGUCCUCCGCAAUACCAGCAGCAAUUUGGAAUACAAGGGCCCGAAACUUAUGUUUACACUUCAGCAGCCAAGUGUAUUUCCGUAGAUGGAAUCGAUGAUGGGAAAGAUUUCAAAGAUACGUUGAAUGCAAUGAAUGUCAUUGGGUUGACUCAAGAGGAACAAGAUAACAUUUUCAGAAUGUUGGCUCUGAUAUUAUGGAUCGGUAAUAUUUCCUUUGUGGAAGACGAAAGUGGGAAUGCGGCUAUACGUGAUGACAGUGUGACCAAUUUCGUUGCCUACCUCUUGGAUGUCAAUCCAGAGAUUUUGAAAAAGGCAAUAAUAGAACGAACUAUUGAAACUUCUCAUGGUAUGAAAAGGGGCUCAACAUAUCACGUGCCUUUGAAUAUCGUACAGGCCACUGCUGUGCGUGAUGCAUUGGCAAAAGGUAUCUACAAUAAUCUUUUUGAUUGGAUUGUCGAGCGAGUUAACUUGUCAUUAGGUGGUAAACAGAACCAAUCAAACAAAUCCAUAGGUAUUCUCGAUAUCUACGGAUUUGAGAUUUUUGAGCACAAUUCGUUUGAGCAGGUUUGUAUCAACUAUGUGAAUGAAAAGUUGCAACAAAUUUUCAUUCAAUUAACGUUGAAGGCUGAACAAGAUGAGUACGUUCAAGAACAAAUCAAGUGGACUCCUAUCGAUUAUUUCAACAACAAAGUUGUUUGUGAUUUGAUUGAGGCUACGAGACCACAACCGGGGUUGUUUGCAGCUUUGAACGAUUCCAUCAAAACAGCCCAUGCAGAUUCGGACGCUGCUGAUCAAGUGUUUGCACAAAGAUUGAGUAUGGUUGGUGCCAAUAACCGUCAUUUUGAAGAUAGACGUGGUAAAUUUAUCAUCAAACAUUAUGCCGGUGACGUGACGUACGACGUUGCAGGAAUGACGGAUAAAAACAAAGAUGGUAUUUUGCGUGAUCUAUUGGAGUUAUUGGGUACCUCUUCCAACUCAUUUGUUAAUCAAACCUUGUUUCCUCCAGAGUUGUUGAAUUCCUUGAUCGAUACCAAAAAGAGGCCUCCAACAGCUUCGGACAAGAUCAAAACGAGUGCAAAUGCCUUGGUUGACACGUUGUCGCAGUGUACUCCGUCGUACAUUAGAACCAUCAAACCGAACCAAACCAAAAAACCUCGCGAUUACGACAAUCAACAAGUAUUGCAUCAAAUCAAGUAUUUGGGGCUUAAAGAGAAUGUGCGUAUUAGAAGAGCGGGGUUUGCUUACCGUUCAACUUUUCAACGAUUUGUUCAACGGUUUUAUUUGUUGUCGCCUGCCACGGGUUACGCCGGAGACUACAUUUGGCAAGGUGAUGAUCUUACUGCUGUAAAGGAAAUCUUGCGUUCAUGUCAUAUUCCUCCGAGUGAGUACCAAUUGGGUACCACAAAGGUAUUUAUUAAAACCCCGGAAACGUUGUUUGCGUUGGAGGAUAUGAGAGAUAAGUAUUGGCACAACAUGGCCGCUAGGAUUCAAAGGGCAUGGAGAAGAUAUAUCAAGCGGAAGGAAAAUGCAGCAAAUGUUAUCAAGAAUGCUUGGCGAAUGAAGACUCACGGAAACCAAUACGAGCAGUUGAGAGAUUACGGUAACAGUUUAUUGCAGGGAAGAAAGGAAAGGAGACGUUUAUCAAUGCUCGGAUCACGUGCUUUUAUGGGCGAUUAUUUGGGUUGUAAUGAUGGAAGUGGGUAUGGAAGGUUUGUUGUCAACCAAGCUGGGAUCAACGACCGUGUUGUAUUUUCUGCCAAGGGUGAAAUCUUGUUAUCCAAGUUUGGAAGGUCUUCGAAAAGAUUACCUCGUAUAUUUAUACUAAGCAAGACUAGUUUAUAUGUUGUUGCUGAGGCAUUGGUGGACAAAAGGUUACAAUUACAGAAGGAAUUUGUUAUUCCUAUCAAUUCCAUCAAAAGCGUUGGGUUAUCAACUAAUCAGGAUAACUGGGUUGCCGUGUGUUUGCAUACUCCGACGGCUAUGGUACCUGAUAUUUUUAUCAACUUGGAUUUCAAAACAGAAUUCAUCACUCAUUUGAAGAAAUUGAAUCCAGGACUAUCAGUCAUAAUUGGCCCAACAAUACAAUACCAAAAGAAGCCAGGAAAGUAUCACACCGUCAAGUCAGUGGUUGGAUCUGGACCCCAAAUUCCUCCAAGAAGCGAUCUUUACAAAUCUGGAACAAUAACAGUCAACCAAGGACUCCCACCAACAAGCAAAAAUCCUAAACGUCCUAGGGGUGUUUCAGGAAAAGUGGAUUACAGCAAAUACUAUAAUAGAGGAGGAGUCCGAAAUGGUACUUCAAACUUCCGACCACAACCGGCGGUGACCAAACCAUCUCAGCCUUCUUAUUCCCAGCCUGAGCCUACACAUCAAACAUAUCAAUCACAACAAGCUCCUGCUCCAGUGCAUCCAUUGUCCCGUCCUGCAAAUGUAGCUGUCAUACCCUCUGCGCAUCAUACACGGAAUCAAUUUAACGAUGGUCCUUCUUUACUGGUUGCUGCUGCACAAACUGCACUAGGUCAAGGACACCAUGAUAAUAGGUCACAACAACAUUCCGAGUCAACCUCUCCUAGAAAGCCGGCUGCGCCUGUGCGCCCUGCUAAAAAAGUUGCCCCUCCACCACCAACAAAGAAGGCAACAUCGCCACCUCCAAAGAAAGCUGCUGCUGCGCCUCCGCCUCCUCCACCACCCCCACCUGCAUUGUCAAAACCAAAAUUCCCAACUUACAAAGCAAUGUUUGACUAUGAUGGUUCUGUUGCUGGGUCUGUAGCAUUGACGAAGGAUACGAUAUAUUAUGUCACUCAAGUUAAUGGAAAAUGGGGGUUGGUCAAGACGUUGGAUGAGUCACAAGAAGGUUGGUCUCCCAUAGAUUACUUGCAGGAGUGUUCACCCAAUGCAAACAAUGUUUACUCAAACCCAAAUACAUCUGCUCCAUCCAACCCGGUUAGCACCACCAGUUCAAACACAAAUACUACACAAGCGACAAAUGCUACAACUGCGCUGAGUGGAAGCUUGGGAAAUGGAUUAGCUGAUGCUUUGAAAGCCAAAAAGACUGAAGAGACAACUUUAGCGGGCUCACUUGCUGACGCUUUGAGGAAGAGACAGGGCGCGACAAGAGACGAUAGUGAUGGAGAAGAAGUAGACGACGACGAUUGGUGA